AUGAGAAGCAAAAUUAAGGGAGAAAGCGAUUGCAGAUAAAGAACUGGUUUAGUUAAGACUGCAUCUCAUUCAGUCACUAAAAAUGCUUCUAAACCACUAGAAAAUCAUGCAAAGGGUGAAAAAAACGAUCAAAAUCAAUAGAGGAUAUUAAAAAAAAUUGAAAACUUUGCAACUGUUGAAGAUAAAGACGUUAGAGUGAUUAAUUAAUCUGUCCUCGAUCAUAUUAGCAUGCAUCUUGGUAAGCACUCAUGCAUUCCCAAAGACUCGCAACUAGACGAUAGUAGUAAUAUUAAAUUAUCCAGGAGUAUGAUUAGCUCUCCUAAGCAUUUUGGAAUUCAGCAAAAGCCAAGGCACUUCUAAAAACAUUAGAGAGUUGUUUCGGCAUUAGCUAAUGAUAACUCCAUGUUUGAAAAAUUUUAUGAUGAAAAGAAAUUUAUUGAAGACAAUUGUUUAAAUGAAACAAAUUUAAAGGAAAAUAUCAAAGAAAGUUAUUUGCUAGAUCAAAAUUGGAAUCAUUAAAGUAGUAACCAAAAAAAUUUUACUACUAUUUCUGUAGAAUUCGAGAACCAAAAAGAAAACAAGGGAGAAAGUUUAGGCAAACAAGACUAAAUUUAAGAAAUUGAAAACAAUAAAGAAUAGAUCUAUAGAACAGAAGCUAAUUAAUAAAUGAAUUUUGAUAGAAACUACUUUUACUAAAACUAAAAUGUUAGAGGCUAUUUUAGAAGGGAGCAAUAUCAAGAAAAAGAAAAUCGUAAAUAUAAAGACAGGGAAUUGAUGAGUAUCUGGCAGCAAUAAAUAGUUGAGAAAAAAAUGAAAUAAGAAUAAAAUAAUUUAAAGGGAAAGUCUAAUUUGUAAAAUUAAAAUGCUUCUGCCAACGACGAAACAAGAUUUUUAAUUGAUUAUUAAGGCUGUAGCUCAUAAAAUAAAAUAAUGGUUAAGCGCAAGAAUAGUUUAUCUGUUCAAUAUGAAAAAGAUAUUGCAGCUAAUACAUCAAGUACGACUGAUAAUAGUAAUACUACUAAUAACAAUACUACUUAGACUAGCCUAUUCAUAUAAAAAAACAAGCAAGAUGAUAAUGCUGAAAAAAAUAACAGUCAAAUCAUCCUGCAAAAUAUGAAUAAUAUUGAUAAAGAAAAGCAAAUAUUUCCUUAUUAAAAUAUAUUUAAUCUGCAGAGAUCUUAAUCAUUAGAAUAAAAACUGAACGAUGAUUAUGAUUCCAAAAAUGAGACUGCAAACUUUAAGCCCUAAGAUUUUGAAAAUGUUAAAAGUGAUGAAAAAAAUCAGAAUUAAAAAUAAUAGCCAGCUUAAAACAUGUCCCAAUCUAUUAUUAAAUAUUAAAAACCUUACACAUCGCAGUCUAUUUCCCCCAAGAUAGGUUAAUCUUAUCCAAAGUCUCGCAAUACUUCCUCUCACACAGCAGUAAGUAAUGAUAAAAUGAAUAGCAACAAUGAUAACUCAUUAACUUAGGCUAACAACAAUACUUUUUCUAAUAAUAACUCUUUUGUAGACGAAUAGCAUUACUAGUAAUAAAUUAUUGCUUAAAUAUCUAGAAACUGUUAAAAGAAUCUAUUUUAGUUAAAGAAUGUAAAUAAAAUGAAUAUUUCAAAUCAGCCCUCUAAUAAUUAAUCUAUUAUUUGCAAUAAUAAUAAUAAUGAAUCCUCCAACUUAGCAAUUAAAAAUAAAAUAAAAUCUAAUUAAAAUUAAUUUAAUAUAAUCUCCCAGCACAGAAACAGCAAUAGCUCAGAGGUCAAAGGAAGAAUUCGUCUUUCUCCCAUUUCUAAGUGUCCUUAGCCUACUUAAAAUUUAUAAAAUAAUCAGGCAAAUUAGCAGUAUAAUUCAUUCUUAAAUGAAUUGCAAGAAUUCAAAAUAAAUAAUGCAGCAGACUCAUCAAAUAUCGAUGUAUUUACAUAAAAUCAAAAGCAAUCAAUUCUAACUGAUGAUAAUUCUACAGAGAUGAACUCUAUUGACUAAAAAUCUUAGUAUUUAUAGAAUCGCUAGUAGUCCUAGCAAAAAAAAGUUAAAAAAAGUGAAGCAGACUGCUUGAGGUAGAAUAACUCGAUGUGUUGUGAUAACAGAGUUUAAAAUGGUCGAAAACGAAUAAAUAAUUCUUGUAAUAAAUAAUAUCUAGUUUCAGAAGGAAACUAAUAAAGCUCUAACAACACUAAUGAACAUUAUAUUAAUUCUAUCUAUGCUUAUCAAGCAAGAAGAAAAAGUGAUGAUCAUCUUGAAGUCCUCUAAAUAUCAACUAAAAAAUUUUAAUAACGAGGAUAUAUAGAAGUUUUACCUUCUGAUUUAUAACAACAGUAUGAAGGUAAUAAAAUAUAGAAAACAAAUACAAAAAAUGAGAGAGACAAUAAAUUAAAUAAUUAAAAAGAAUAAAAACAAGAGCAUCAAAAUUAAUAAAUGAAUGAAGGAAUAAGACUUUAACACUAAAAUUCUUCAAAAGUCUAAAAAAGAGAUGUAAUAUAUAUAAUAAAAAUUACUUUUUUUAUUAUUGUUUUCUAAUAUUUUAUUUUUUUAAAGGAAAGUGAUAAAACAAUAUAAUCAAAAAUAAGAGCUAGCACAGCAAACACAAGUUUCCAAAAGAGAGGCGUCUAAGAAAAAUUACCUAACUAAUAAAAAUAAAUUUAUCUGAACUAACAAAAAGACUAAUAAGAGAUAUUGCCUUUGGGAGGAGUUUUUUAUAAUAAAGAAGAUAAUAUUUAUACUUUUUAUAAUGGCGAUUCUUCUCAUAAGAAUCUUUAAAAUGCAGAGGGCUUAAAUGAUUCAGAAAACAGAAAUGAGGAAAAGUUGAUAGAAAAAGAAGAAUAGAAAUUAAUAAAAGAAAAUGCAUCUUCUUAAGAUGUUACUUACCACUAGCAAAAUAUUCAAAAAUAGCGUAAAUUAUACAAUAAAACUUAAUCAGAAAAGAAAACUAAUGAGCCAUCAGCAUUACAAAUUAAAGUAUUGUAAAAUUCUUCAGUAAAUGAAUUCUUAAAUGAUAAUUAAUUAAAAAACUUCUAAUCAGCAUAAGCUUCGUUAUUUACUAAACAAGAUCCUUCAAAUGAUUUUUAGAAAUACAACUAUUUUGUUGAUUUCGAUAGAUCUGAUUCUAGUGCUAAUAGAAAAUGUAACAUAAAAUAGUAAGUCUUAACGCAACCAUCAGAGAACGAAAAUAUAAAUAAUAACUUCAAUAAAUCACUAUUUAAUAAAGAUAGCUAAAGAUUACAAUAUGCAAAUUCAUAGAAUAAAUAAUAAUUUAACUCUUGUUGCAAUAGUCCUUUCUUGGAUAAUAAAAUACACAGUUUCAAGUAAUUAGAUAAAAUUGUAAAUCCAUUCUAAUUUGAUGGGCAGCUAAACCAAAAGUAGGUGGAUCAAUAAUAUUAAGUAUCUUUGAUAAACAAUUAACAAUAAAUAAAUAAGAUCAACAAUACUCAAAGCUAAUAGCGAAAUACUAGAAGUAUAAGCAACCACUAUCAAUAAUUCUACUAAAAUAAUAUAACACCAUAAAUAUAAAACUAGCUAUUAAAGCAAAACAGCAUAUAAAUAAAUCAUUAAGGCAAUUUAUAUCAAGAUUUAAAGUCACAAAAAUCUUUAUGGUCAGACAUAAGCUAAGUAGAAAACUCAUUUAUAAAAUUAGCAGAUAAAACAUUUUGUUCGAAUAAUCAAUAAUAUAACAAUAAUGUAUAAAAUAGUAAUAUACAAAAUUCCCAAUUAAAACAAAAAUUCCCUAGAGAUGUUUUUACACCAAAUGUAUCAGUAAUGAGGAAAAAGCUGAGCUAAAAUAAUUAAUAAUGA